AUGCCCCUAUUGCAAGAAGCUAUGCUCGAGGAUCGGUUCUUUGGCUCGGCAUUCGAAAGGGAACAGAUCAUUGCUUGCUAUCAGGCCUACGCUGAGCAUGGAGAGUACCGCUUCUGUUGCCAAGAGAUGAUCAGGUCGGUUCUUGGCGCAUCUUCUAUAUGCUUGUUGGGUCACUAUUGGUGCACGCUGGACGUGGUUAUUGCCUCGGUAUAUUUUCUAUAUGCUUAUUGGAUUUCAUGGGACAGAGAUCGGAAAUUGCUAUCAUCGUACUUCUCCAUUGAGCUAAGAGUUUUUCAUCAAAAAACGGGAGAAAAACAGUCGCAACGUGAACGAAAGCGGCAAUUGCCCCAGCAUAAACCCGAGUGGCCAGGGGGUGAUAUGACGGCCAAGAACCGCGUGAGAUUUCAGAUAUUUGAGGUGCUGGUUAACCUUGUCCCCCUCAUUCUCGUCUGCGAGUCUACCUUGUUCGAGGCAAGGGAGCACGGAUAGGAUGAUGAUUUAAAUGAUGGAAGCAACAGCUUCGUUCUACGAUAGAGAAGCCCACGUAGAGAGGGUGACUCGGUUUCAGCAUCGAUAUCGCACCAUCGGUGUGUCAUUGCAGGGAGCCCAAGUGGGGACACGGUCGAAGCCUGUCGAAUGAAAUGGUAGUGGACGGAACUGGUGAUUUACCAAGGUCGUGUAGCGAAUACGCGGCCAACUCCACAUGGGUCGUUGUCAAGGUAGAUGGGGUGAUUUCAAAUACAGGCAAAAGGUUCGCAGCUAGGAAUUGUAUGGUUUGCUGUCAAAGAGUUGUCUGAGGGCUCUUCAUCCGAGUCAUCGUCUGAAUCAAGAUGAUAUAGUCA